AUGGCAUCCGAAGAUCCUCAGAUCACGCACGAUGCUGCGAACGGUGGCGACGACGAAAAGUACGUCGGUGAAAAGCACGAGACAGCCUAUAUCGACUUGGAGAACAGCGCAACAGCAAAGAUCAAAAACCCUUUGGCUCACCUCUCGAACGAGGAAGUCAUCAAGGAUGUCGAAGAGUUCUCUAGAAACAAUGACUUCGCAGACAUGACGGACCUGCUCGUGAGAGGCGCUCUCGUCGCCAAGGAUCCUCCAGCAUUUGAGAGCGUUCCAGGCCUGACGGAGCCUGAGAAAGAAGCCAUCCGCAAUGAGGUCUUGCAUAAGUGGCGCCAGCCAAAGUCUCUCUACUUCACGAUCAUCCUUUGUUCGAUCGGCGCAGCUGUUCAGGGCUGGGAUCAAACCGGCUCCAACGGCGCCAACCUCUCCUUCCCUGAAGCUUUGGGCAUUCCCGUCAGCGACCUGUUGGCGAAUGGACAACCAAACCCGAACGCCGCUCGCAAUCAAUGGUAUCAAGGCCUGAUCAAUGCCGGGCCAUACAUUGCCUCAGCAUUCCUUGGUUGUUGGUGCUCCGAUCCGCUCAACAACUUCUUUGGCCGAAGGGGAACCAUCUUUGUAUCUGCUGUCUUCUGCUUCUUGAGCCCGAUUGGUUCCGCUGUCGCACAAACAUGGGAUCAACUUCUUGUCACCCGACUCUUACUAGGCAUUGGUAUGGGCUGCAAAGGCUCAACAGUCCCGAUUUUCAGCGCAGAAAAUGCGCCUGCAUCAGUCCGAGGUGGCCUGGUCAUGAGUUGGCAGAUGUGGACCGCGUUCGGUAUUUUCUUGGGCACUUGCGCCAAUCUUGCCGUCAAGGACACUGGAUCUAUAUCAUGGCGCCUGCAGUUUGGCUCUGCCCUGCUCCCUGCCUUGCCUCUUCUUAUAGGAGUUUACUUCUGCCCAGAAUCUCCUCGUUGGUACAUCAAGAAGGGCAAGUAUCGCAAUGCCUUCAGAUCACUCAAGCGCCUCCGGAACACCGAACUUCAAGCCGCCCGUGAUCUGUACUACAUCUAUGCUCAACUCCGCAUGGAAGCCAGCCUGGUCAAGAAGAAAACCAACUACGUGACACGCUUCAUACAGCUGUUCACCAUUCCACGAGUUCGUCGUGCCACGCUGGCAUCUUUCACUGUCAUGAUUGCACAACAGAUGUGCGGGAUCAACAUCAUCGCCUUUUACAGCUCCACCGUAUUCUCGGAGGCCGGUGCUUCCGUCACAGACUCACUUCUGGCCUCCUGGGGUUUUGGAUUGGUGAACUUUGUAUUCGCUUGGCCUGCCAUCUGGACCAUUGACACGUUUGGUCGCCGGUCACUUCUGCUGUUCACUUUCCCUCAGAUGGCUUGGACAUUGCUUGCUGCUGGCCUUUGCUAUUUGAUUCCCGAUUCAAGCUCGGCACAUCUGGGUCUGGUCGCCCUCUUCAUUUACUUGUUUGCGGCAUUCUACUCGCCAGGCGAAGGUCCUGUGCCGUUCACAUACUCCGCCGAGGUUUUCCCUCUUUCCCACCGUGAGGUUGGUAUGGCCUGGGCCGUGGCAACCUGCUUGUUUUGGGCUGCUGUGCUCUCAAUCACUUUCCCGAGAAUGCUUUCAGCCAUGACUCCAACGGGUGCAUUCGGAUUCUAUGCAGGCCUCAACAUCUGUGCGCUUGUCAUGAUUUUCCUCUUCCUGCCAGAAACCAAGCAAAGGACCUUGGAGGAGCUGGAUUAUAUCUUUGCUAUUCCCACCCGAACAUUCAUCAAGCAUCAAGUAGGCACCGUUUUGCCAUGGUGGAUCAAGACCACUAUCUUCCGCCGCAAGAUCGGCCCGUGCCCUUCACUUUGGUCGUUUGAUGGUCAUGUUGACAAUGACAGAGAGUUUGUGGAAACUAUCCGCAGGCAAAGUGAGGCUGUUCACGGCGGUCGCCGCCGCAGCAGCAUUGCGGACAGGAUUGCCAACAGAUUUUAG